CGAGAUAAACGCCGUUAAAGUUUGUCCACUGAUUUUCGUACUUAAGUGAUUUUGCCAGGGGGGUGAUUUCUCUACAAUGUCUAAAUUUAGCCAGGUGUAUCAGCGAAGAAGAUCCAGACUGGAGGAACUAGCAGCGCUUCCUGACAUCCCGCAAAGUGUCCACAAUGUUGACGCUGAAAAUGAGGAGGCAGCAAGUGGCAUCAGCGACUGCAGCUUAGACAGCGACUGGGUUCCGGAAGCAGACGAUGGAUCAAGUGGAGGCGAGAUCGCCGAUUCAAGUGAAAACGAGGUUGGUGGCCCUGGGGAUACUAGCAUCAUUUUGAUUGGCGAAGAGCUUAGAGACCAGGUGAGCCGGCUCAUACGCGAAGAUAAGUGCGAGCAGAAGUGCUUGGAGGGCAAGGCAAAGGAGCUCGAGCAGCUAUUGUGUUCACUUUCUCAAAUGGCAAACGGAGAGAAGAAGCAGAAUAUCAUUACGACGUUAGCUGUGCUUAUGCAAACGGACACUGUUCUUCGCCAUCGAGAUCACGGAUUACGACAACAGUUUCACUAUUACCUUCCUAUAGUGGGUCGUGUGUGUCGAAGGGCUUGGUGCGCAUGCUACGGCGUGUCGACAGCGACUGGCACACGCUACAGAACGCGCAUUAAAGAAGGCAUAUUCUCCAUAAAAGCUCACGGUAACCGCCUUAACCAGCACGCAAGUGCAGUUGAUCUCCGUUGGCUAGUUUCCUGGUUUGAAGAAUUUGCUCGCUCUGCUGGUGAUGUGGUGCCAGUACGCGUGAGAAAGCAGAAAACCGAGGACGAAGUCGUCAAACUGUACUAUUCCGACGCAGAAUACACGUUGCUACCGCCGUAUUUCACGUGGGAUCAGCUUUACCAAGAGAUGCACAACUACGUCGAGCAAAUUCGCUUACGUGUGCGGGAGCCAAGUCCAAGUACCUUCCGGCAGUACUUGUCCAAGCUCUGCCCUACCAUACGCAUUCGCUCUCCACGUAGCAAUGUCUGCGAUGUGUGCAGCAUUUAUUGGGCACGCAUGCGUAGUGGUGCUACUGCAGCGGAGUCUGAAGAAUUCGGAAAGCAUACCGCUGCUGCCAGACUGAUGAGGGAAGAAUACAAGAAGGAUCUUGCAUCGGCAGAUGAAGAACACGCUGUUAUCAUCAUGGACUUCAGCCAGAAUCUCACACUACCAAGUAUCAGCAGCACCCCGUCCCAAUGGUACUUCUUGUCGCUCCGAAGUGUGAACAUGUUUGGAAUUUACUACGCUAACGAAGCGAUGCAGUAUAAUUACGUGUACGAUGAGACCGUCACCGGUAAGGGGACUGACGAAGUGAACUCAAUGUUGUAUCACUUCAUCAACCGAAUCAUCCUACCCGCUGGGUUUCGCCGUCUUACGAUAUAUGCAGACAAUUGUGGUGGCCAGAACAAGAACAACUACGUCGUGCGAAUGCUAUUAGCCCACAUGUCUGAUCUCGAGGUGAUCAAGUUGAAAUUUUUUGUCAAAGGACACACUAAGAAUGCUGUAGACCGUGGUUUUGGCCAUGUCCGAAAGCACUUAGCUCGUUUGGAUAUCCGGACGACGGACCAACUUAUUGACGCGGUCAACGAUGCGUCAUCUACGUCCGCACUAGUGCACAUUGAGGCGGAAAACCAUAUUAUCAAAGAGUAUCGAAACGUGGCCAAGGAUGCCUACAAGAAUCUCAUCGGUAUACAGAAGUAUCAGCUAUUUGAGAUGCGCGAGGAUAAUCCAGGUGUAGUUGCGUGCAAGAAAGGCCCUGACUCUGAUGCUGUGGUCCAAGACCUGCGCCGCAAGUAUGACGGAAUUGUGACGGAUGCGACGCGUGUCCAAGUGCUCUUUACGGCCCACCUAGAACCCUUGCCGAAACCACCGCCAAACUGUGAAAAGAUCCAAACCAUCUACAACCAGGUACGCCGCUACGUUCCCGAGGAGUUUAUCAACGAUGCACUGUACGACCCGCCCAACGAUGAGGAUGAACGUAAGGCGAAAGCUAUUCAGAAAGCUCGCGCCGAGAAGCGCAAAGAAGCAACGAAGAAAAAGAAACGAGCGAGGGCCGCUGCCUCUGAGUCUGCAACUGAUGCAGCGGCUGAAUUAACUGAUGAAGCACAAGGAAAAACAGCCCACUCAGCAGGAGAAGAAACGCACUCGAACAAUCUAAAUCGUCAGCAAAUCAAAAUGAUGCUAAUCUGGAAUCUCUAAAUUUAGCAUCUUCAUCUCAAAAUAUACACCUGGAUUUUAAAAGCGA